UCCAAUUUAUUUUUUUAAAUUAAGUAAACAAUUUGUAAAUUGUCUCGAAAUUCAAGUGAGCUCAAACAAAUCAAAAGCAAGUCUAAGAAAAACGCACUUGUGUGGCUGGAAAAGGAGAAGACAAUGAACUUGCCCAACAUUCUGCAGCAAUUCUCCAAUCACAUAAUCUUUCAAACACUGCACUACACAUUCAUUGCCAUGCAGUUGAGAGAGGAGUUGGCCAAGACAUCAACAACGGCAGCCAGAAGUUGGCAACCCUUUGUGCUCUGGCUAAAUCAUGUGAUGCUGACCUAUGCAGGUGACAUAUUGGUUAAUCUGUUGCUCGGCAAAUUGCCACUUGAGCCGCUCGGUAAUGUCCAGGAGAUGCUGAUGUGUACGGCCUCGUGGUAUCUCAUCUUUUACAGUCCCUGCGAUUGUGCCUUCGUGGUGGCACGUUGUGUGGCAUUCCGCAUGCUAUCAGCACCCAUUACGGCCAUCAGUCAGGUGGUGCACAUCGACAAGGCCAUCCAGCUGGCAGGCAGAAUGUAUGGCCAUAAUGCUCUGGUGCCCAUCUUGAUAAUUGGCACUGUGGUUGGAAGUGGUGCCGAGUUCCUUAAACCAAUUGCUGCUCUACUCAUCAAUCGUUGCCAAUUGUCAAAUGCCGCUUAUGUGAAGCUGAGCACAAACUCCAAAGUAUCGUUCUGCAUCUCCGGCCUGUACUUGCUCCAAUUGCAUCAAAGUCAACGACUUGGACUCAGUCGACGGCAAGUUCAUAUCUAUGCUCUGAUAAUACUCAUCUGUUUCAAGUAUCUGGCAAUGGCUGCUCGCUUGGAUCAUCACAUCUGGAGUUUGGAGCAACGUUUGUGCUAUGUUCUAUUUGGUGGCCUCUAUGCAGAUUUGGCCAAGUUUUUCAAACGUCUAACGUCCAAAAAGAACGUGUCGUUUUCAAAAUUUGAUUGAACCUGCAUAGCUAAAGUAAACAUUGCAUAACAUUGCAUAGCAAAAGAACUGGAGACCUGAGCUAUGGCUACUAAGCGGCUUAACUUGAAACCCCAUCCAGUAGCCCUAUCAAUUCCAUUGGCAGAUGCUUCGCCUGAAUUGAUUUCCGCCCAGCGAGCGAUAGCUCCGAUUACAUAAGGUGCCACAAGAGCCACGAGCUGAGUCAAUCGUUAAGAGGAUUACAUCUGUAUGUAUGUACACAUGUACAAGGAGUACACGCAUCACAUAUCCCAGGAGUAGUUGGCAUCGAUAACGCUUCUUAAUUAAUACUCCGUGUGUUGGUUGUGCUCGUUACGCCGCGAAUUGCGCAUUUUAAAAUGUGCAGCAAUUCGUAUUAAAUAUAUAUACAAAUUUCCUUUUAAA